CCGUUUUUACCCCUUUCAGUCCGGAUGGUUCAACGUCCCUGCAUCAUGCUACAUCUAGUACGGACCAUGGAUAUGAAUGGUAAGAAUGCGGGGCACUGAUACCCACCAAGUCGCACACGAGGUGACACUGCAGGCUGUUGACGAACAAACCCAGGGGAUGCAGCUUAUGCUUGACAGUUAGCAGUCAUAUUCUACCAUCUCUUCCUUUGACAUAGGUAAAAGUGAGCUGUCAGUGCAAGCGAACCAAGAAAUACGGUCGGCUUGGAAUUUAAUGCAACCUCACAUGAUGGCUAACCGUUCUGUCGCGAGAUGGGCGACUACUUGAAGCCUCAUUCCCACACCGAGGGUUUCUCAGUCCCCCGUUCCACUGAUUCAGUCGUACAUCACCGCUGAUGUCUGGUCAUUCCGCAGCUAACAUGACCCGCCUUUUUGUCUCUGUACUUGCGCUCUUUCUCGCCAGCGCCUUCGCAAAUAAAAUCUCCACACCACGCAGGGCCGGCUGCUCCUCAUUCACCACCCGCUACAGCACCGUAACUGAGCACUUCCCAACCGCCACCAUCACCGAAACAGACGACGGACACUCCCCGCCAACCACAAUGGAGACGACCAGCCUACCUGACUCCUGCACAUUCACCGGCACCCAGACUUUCUACUCCAGCAGCGGGUGCGAUCUAACCUGCUCGACUGGCUUUUGUAUCAUUGAUGCUGCUGCCACCAGGUCAUGCGGCUGUUCGAAGGUCGAGAUUGAAACAGUGACGACGACGGUGUGCCCGACCAGGACGCCUUGCUAUCAGUGUUAUACCGGGUGGGGGACGUUCUUUUAUGAUUUGCCUUGUCCUACUUCUGUGCCGGUGCCUACUGGCUAUGGGGUGUAA